AUGGGCAGCGCCGCCGCGCCGGGGCCCCUGCCCGCCUUCCAGUUCCGGCCGCGGCACGGGAGCCCGGACUGGCGCCGCCUGAGCGCCGUGGACGUGGAGCGGGUGGCGGGCGAGCUGGACGUGGCGGCCCUGCAGGAGCACCUCGGCCACGUCACUUUCUGCAGCGCCGAGCGGCUGCUCUGCCCGCAUUGCCGGGGCCCCGCCGACCCGCUGCUGCUCAAGCUGGUGCGCCUGGCGCAGCUCUCCAUCGAGUACCUGCUGCACUGCCAGGAGCACCUGGGCGCCCAGCUGCAGGGCCGCGAGCAGGCGCUGCGGGCGGCCGACGCCCAGCUGGAGGAGGCGGGCAAGGAGGCGGCCCGGCGCGCCCAGGAGAUGAAGCUGCUGAAGGAGGAGUGCAGGCGGCGGAAGAAGAUGAUCAGCACCCAGCAGAUGAUGCUGGAGGCUAGAGCCAGCUAUCACCAGUGUCAGUUUUGUGAUAAGGCUUUUAUGAACUACUCCUUUCUACAAAGUCAUAUGCAACGGCGCCAUAAAGAAGAAUCUCACACUGCAGAACAAAAGAAGAAAGCACAGACAGAUAAAUUACAGGAUGAGAUUGAUAAAUUGAAGGAGCAGUUACAGCUCACCAAGUCCCUCCUAGAAGCUGAACAACAAGCUCACGUGGCCAGAUUUUCUAAGGAAUAUGAACAUCAAAGAUCAAAAGAAGAAGAAAUUCUGCAAUCUUUUCAUAAAUGGAAAGAGGAAGAAAAAGAGAAAUUGGCUGAUGAAAUAGAGAAAGUAAAAGAGAUGUUUAUGAAGGAGUUUAAAGAAUUAGCUACAAAGAAUACUGCAUUAGAAAAUCAAUUGUUAGAAUUACAGAAGUCCAAUAUUCAACUGAAAUCCAAUUUAGGCACUUUAAAAGACAGCCAUGAAUUUACAGAAGAGAGACCUCAGAAUGAUCAGGAUUAUCAGAAUAUGAUGCAACUUCUUGAAAAACAGGAAAGUAAGUGGACUUCCAGAAUACAAGCCCUUCAUCAAGAACAUGAAAAAGAAAGGUGCCAGCUACUGUCACAGAUUGAGAAGCUUAAAUCAUCAAUGACAGAGGACCUAAAUGCAAGUAACAUCUUCUAUAAGAAAAGGAUAGAGGAGCUAGGGCAGAGGCUUCAGGAACAGAACGAGCUGAUUAUUUCUCAAAAACAGCAGAUAAAAGAAUUGUCCACAAAAUCACUAGUAAGCGUCAAACCACAUGAUGUGAAUGCUCCAGCACAGCAUGUUGUAGAACCUAAAUCAAGUCUACAAGACACACAUGAAAAGGCACUCUUGGUGCAUAUGCUGGAGCCCAUAGAGGAGCUUUCAGAAGAGGAAAAAGAAAUAGAAAAAAACGAACACAACAUAGGCAGAAGUAAGCAACAUUUAAUAAAUGCUUUGAAGACUAAUCCUUCAUUAACUAAAGAAUUACGAACGGUUUUGGAGCAGACCCUGGUGGAGAAGUUGGAAUCCUUGGGAAUUAAAGCAGGUGUUCAUGGUAUCCCAAGUGACUACUUAAACAAAGUCUUAGUUUCUGUCGAAUCUGCUAGAGAAGAGAAAGAGAAACAAGUGCCUGACAUUCAACUAAUUCGAGAGCAUCUUGAACACCAAGUCAGCUUCAGGAUUGAGGGGAGAUCUUCGUCUUGUAAUAGGCUUGUUUCCAGCUCUCGUCUUGCUUCAGAAGAUAAACAGAAGAUGGUUCAUAUGGCAACUUCCUCAUCAACAGUGCAGCCAAAACCAGCAAAGCGGACUUCUACAGUUGUAUGCCCAGUUGGACAAAGAAUGACUUCUGCUGAGAAUACAUCUACACCAAAACCCAGGAAGCAUGUUUUUCAAGAGGGGGUUUCCAGAAAAACAUCUAGUAUUGGCACUCCACCAUUCAGCUCAGAAGAGGAAGUGGAUGAUGAUGAUAUUAUGCACUCUUAUAUAUCACCAGAAUUAUUGCAGCUAAAAGCAUCCAGCAACAGCAUGAAUAAUUGUGGGAUGGUUACAGGCAAAAGUGAUAUGGAUUGGACUGAAGAAAGUGAAAUGGAGGAGAUUGAAACACCUUCCAAGCCUUCAAAAGGUGCACUUAUCCAAAAACUGACUGAACAAGUUGAAAAGACGCUUUCUAGCCAUGGAAAUAAGAAUAAGCCAGCUGGAGGAAUUAAUGUCACACAGGCAUUUAUUAAAAAAGAAGAUGCACAAGAACUGAAGUUCACAGAAGUUGAUGAUGAUGACUGGGAUAUAUCAUCUGUAGAAGAAGAAAAUUGUUUAUUAGCAAAAGACGAGAGAGGGCAGAAGGGAACUGCAGUUCAAAAGAAUAAUGAAUCAAAUACUGCAUCAAUGGUACAUGCCUGGGGUGUUCCUAAGGCAAAUAUGCCUAAGGAGGAAGGAUUUCAUGAUGCUGAUACAACAAGCACCUUAAAAAGCAGUUUAGUCACUGUAACUGAUUGGAGUGACUGUUCAGACAUAUAA